CACGUCUCGUGUGUGUGUGUGAUUUACAUAGCCGCUGUUGUCGUUUCUAAAAUAAUAUUAUAUUCUUACUCGUUGGAUUAUUAUAAACGUUUUGGCACACUCUGUAUGUGUUGACCGUCACGAAACGCCGUCUAUUAAUUAUUUAUCAUAAAAACCGGUGUAUAAAACUGGAAUACUUCUCCUUUCGUCCGACAGUUAAACGCGGUCAAAUAUAUUCGUCUCAGCCGCUCCAAUAAUAUUCUCUCUCGGUUCAAAAUAACAUUGUGUUUACUGUAAAACAAACAAACCAUUACAAAAAUGCCGGAAAAGGAACCGAUCCGCGUUGUUGUCACCGGCGCCGCCGGCCAAAUUGCGUAUUCAUUGAUAUACAUGAUCGCCAACGGAGAUGUAUUUGGGCGUGAACAACCGGUGUAUUUACACUUAUUGGACAUUCCGCCGGCCAUGGGAAUAUUGGAAGGCGUGUGCAUGGAAAUCGACGACUUGGCGUUCCCCUUGGUCAAAGGUUACGUUAAGACUGCCGAACCGAAGGAUGCGUUUGAAGGCGCCGACGCCGCUUUCUUGGUCGGAUCCAUGCCCAGAAGGGAAGGUAUGGAAAGAAAAGAUUUGCUCACCGCCAACGUAAGAAUAUUCAAAGCGCAAGGCCAAGCUUUGGAUCAGUAUGCAAAAAAAGAUGUCAAAGUUUUGGUCGUCGGAAACCCGGCCAACACGAACGCGUUCAUUUGCUCUUAUUACGCACCGUCGAUUCCUAAUGAAAAUUUCACCGCCAUGACCAGACUUGAUCAGAACAGAGCCCAAGCUCUCAUCGCUAAACGACUCAACAAGUCCGCCAACAGUAUAACGAACGUUACGAUUUGGGGCAAUCACUCGUCCACCCAAUUCCCGGACGUCAUAAACGCCAAAGUCGUGGAACCCGCCGACUCGGUUAGCGUGUACGACGCCGUUAAAGACACCAAAUGGUUGGAAUCGGAUUUCAUUAAGACCGUUCAGACCAGAGGAGCGGCCGUGAUUUCGGCCAGAAAAGCGUCAUCGGCCAUGUCGGCGGCCAAAGCGGCCGUAGACCAUAUGCGCGAUUGGUGGAACGGAACUCCGAGCGGCAAGUGGGUUUCGAUGGGAGUCUUGUCGGACGGCUCGUACGGCAUACCCAAAGACCUCGUUUACUCUUUCCCGGUGACGAUUGCCAACAAGAAAUGGACUAUCGUCCAAGGUCUAAAAAUCACAGAUUUCGCACGAUCCAAAUUGGAUCUGACCGCCGCCGAGCUGAUCGACGAAAAGAAAGAAGCCGAAUCCAUUUGCAGCGCUUGACGUGUGCCGCCCCCAAACGACUGUAAACUGUGAUCGGCCAAUUGUUCCGGGCACGAAAUUAACGUAUUAGUGAUUAUACACUAGUUUGGGGGAACCGCCCCGUCGUCUCUAGCAUGCGAUUUCUUCUAAAAAAAAAAAUUAUCUACUAAAAGAAUAAUAAUAUUACGUUCAUUCCAAGAUGUUGCAUUUUUUUUUUAGUUUUAUAGAGUAUAAUAAUAGUUAGUCGUUUUGGUUGUAUAAAUUUUUAUUUCUGUUUGUUAAUAAUACGUAAUUUUAAUAAUGUUUGUAAACGACUCAAGGUUUUCGGAAUAAUCGUUACAAUAAUAAUAAAUAGAUUUUAAUAAUAUAUAUCGUGGUGCCCGGAUGGAAAA